CGUCAUGAUAUUAAUAUCGAAGUUAUAUUUGCUCUUGUAAUCGGCUAUCAGAUUACUCAUUGAUAUCUGUUGUUUCUGGCAUCGAGUUCGUGAUCUCAAGCAAUGGGCAGCACGUUCUGGCUUUCCGCUUUUGACUUCUGUCAACUUCACAAGUGCAAGCUGCCACGAUCGAACUCCAACGCUGCUGGGUGGCACCCAAGGUCUAUUUGCAAGAAGCCGAUGACAGCACCGCAGAUCACACGCUCAUUCCGCUUGCCCAUGGUACAGACGGUGACCUGUGUGCCGUCUGUAGGUCGUGGUUCAGCAUCACAAUGCAUUGAUUUAUUGAAUUGGCUUACUAACGGAACGGACCAUCGUUUUUCAAAGAUUUUGAAUCGAUUUCAAACAUUAGCCUAUUCCGCGGAUCCACGAUAUCUUGCCGCGGAGCCAUCAGUCAACAGCAGGGAUGCGGAAGGUGGUUUGGUACCGGUCGGUGAUUACUAUGAAAGGCACUGCAGUGUUUCCACCUUGUCGCCCAUUCUCCUUUUGAUUCCAGAAUGUCAUUUCCGAAGAUACAGAAAUGACGGAGCUGUGUUAGGCUCGCUCGCUCCUGCUCCAGAGCAUUCUUCUUUGAGCAUGGCUACCCUAUGCUCGUGGCUGAAUAGGCCAAGAAUACAGCUAUGGGGUCGGACGGACACCUUGCGAAAUUUUUGGACCUGCUCCAAGGUCGAAGUCCAAGCUGAAGGCCAUUGUCACAUUCAGCGCUUAGUACCCCUUGCGCUACUCGCACUAUUGUGUUCGGUAUUUGAUCCUACAUAUAAGCUUGUUUUGUAUUAGAAGCUAGACUAUAUUGCGAGAUGGACAUUCUAGUCCUACAUAAUGAACUCGGGAAUAAUGCGUCAUACACAAGCAACUCGAAAGCAAUGAGAUCCAGGAGAAUUACGACAACGAAAUAGAAGAAAAGCAUAUAUUUUGUCAAAGCCGGUUAUCUCCAGCAAAAGACCAUAUUCUGAUGUCUCCGUCAUCGCUGCCAGAGAUAAUCUUGUCCUCACCAAGGCCCAAACAUGUUACAGCGCCACGAUGACCAACCAAUGUAGCUGUACAUCGGCCUUCCUCGCGGUUCCACACCUAAAAGCGGAUAUUUAAGUUUCAAGGC